AGCUGCCAGCUGACUGCCAGCUGCUAUGGCCGUCAGCUGAUCAGUGUGUCGUCUGCAUGUGGUCAACACGCAUCACCGGGAAGCUAAGUAGUAAACAUGGGACCAAGAUUAGGUUAAAAUUGAACUUCCAAUAGUGUUGAUUGAUUGAGGACAUAUUACCAUUUCCUAUCAAAGGCUUCAGCUGACUGCCACUACUAGUCGAGUUCUCAGUUACCAGUACAAAAAGGCUCCCUUGUACUGCAUCAUGGAGGCCCCAGUUCAAUUUAAGGGCAUCAGAGAUAGAUUCUCUGGUAUAACAGUAUCUUCCGUGGAAGAAUCAACAUCUAUACAAAAUUUAGAGGCAUCAUUACUAGCAUCUUUGAAUCACUGGAUAGAGGAAAAAAUCCGAGGAGUUUGGUUUAAGGUUGACCUUCAACACGCAGAAUGGGUACCUGUCUUGGCCAAACAUGACUUCACGUAUCACCAUGCCCAGUCACAGUUUGUGAUGAUGGUGAAGUGGUUAGCAGUCAGUGAACCAAACAAUAUACCCAGGUAUGCACAUAAUGUUGUAGGAGUUGGUGCCUUUGUAGUGAAUGAUCAGGACGAGUUACUAGUCGUUAAAGAGAGAUUCUACACGCGUCCAAAUUGGAAGCUACCCGGUGGAUAUGUUGAGCCAGGAGAGGAUCUAGGGGCAGCAGCAGUGAGAGAGGUGAAAGAAGAAACAGGUGUAGACGCAGAAUUUGUGUCAUUAGUGUCAUUUCGCCAUGUCCAUGGUGCAAGCUUCAACUGUUCAGACAUCUAUUUCAUUGUUCAUCUCCGUCCUGUUACUCAAAGAAUAACUAUGUGCCAGACGGAGCUAUCUGCAUGUGAAUGGAUGAAGCUUCAAGAGUAUAUUAAACAUCCAGAUGUUCACGAGACGAAUAGAUUCUUUGCUGAAUGCUUCCUUGAGACCCGUAGGAAUGGAGUUCGAGUAGAGGCAACAAAUAUCUUUAGUCCAGCAUUUAAGAAAAACCAAGUAAUAUACAACAUCACUUGUGAAAGAGAGACUAUACAUGAUAAAACUAAUUCCACGUCAGUAGAUACACAUCCUGUUUUAAAUGGUGAUGCAAAGCUCUAGUGUAUUCGGCUGGUAAGCUCUAAUUUUUAUAUUUGUUCAUUGUUUAUUUUAUUUUACACCUAGUCAAGUAUGUUUUCAUGUUACUGUAUAUACAAUGUUUUAACCUAAUGAUAAAUCUUUUUAUAUUUUAAUGUCUUGUUACUAUUAAGCAUUGGUUAGCUUUAACAUGGAGAACGUGUGUUAAGAUCCAAGGUGCAAACACUGUGAAAUAUGUCAAUUCAUCUCAUGUUUGUUUUGCGUGAUAGCACUGAGCAACUGUGUGCUGUGUUCAGUCUUUCCUCAGGGAAUACUAAAAUUGCUAUGUUCAGGCCCAUUUUGAUAAUUAUUUCUCUUGAGUAAAAUGAAGACUACUGGCAGCAAAUUAUGUACAGUAUGGUACUGUAAUUUGGUUGAAAGAUUUACCAGUUUACCAAUACUCAAAAACUUUCUGAACUUGUAUAAAAUGAUGUUAGUACAGUACCUUUCUACUGUAGAAAAAUUGUGGGUUCUAGAUGCAUUCUGAAAUAUUAGGCUGAACUCAGGGUGUGUUUUGUAAGGUAUUUUAGAAAUGUUACCAGACUUUAUGAAAUUAGUUUAUAAUAAUAAUUUAGCCUUUACACAAUUUUUUUAUACUGAGCAUUUUAUCUACAAUAACAGUAGGUAAGAAGUUUAAAGUCUUCAAACUUUGAAAGAUACAUGAAAGCCAUUAUUAAAACAUUUGAUUAAUAUAUAUUGCUUUAAUUAAAAUCUAUAACUUUAGGUUUAAAUAAAUUUAAUAUGUGCCAUAUCUACAAAUGUGCCCAUAAAUAAUUGUAUGUAAUAUUUGUCAGUUGCAGUGGGAUUCUUUUAAGUUCAAUAUGCUUAGUUUAUAAAACCACAAAAAUGUAAAAUACUGCACAGUAAUACCUCACCAUACUGUAAUAAAAUACAGGUCAAUGCACCAUAAGAAUUAUGAUCUAGUUAGUGUCUGAUGCAAUGAAUUAAGUGUUGAGAUAAACGUGGGAAAAUUUUGGUUUGUGGUGCACAUAAAUGUAAUAAAAAAACUAAUUUUAAAUAUUUAAAAGGUACUUUUUAUUAUACGAAUGUUGAUAUCAUAAUAGGGUAAGGAUACCACUAACAGCCUGUGCCUGUAUGUCAUUUCUUAGGGCAAGUGUUGUGCUAUUUAAAUAUGGGGCAGUUUUCUAUUAAAGUACAGUACAGGAUAAUUGAAAGUUAUAGCCUAUGUAUCAAGUAUAUUUUGCCAUUUCUUCUCCCCCC